AUGUUACUUCAUGAUGAAACUAUUGGAUUUUUUUGUUUUUUUGGAAUGGUAAUUUUAUUAUACUUCAUUGGAUCAUCAUUAUGUUCAUCAGGAUCCUAUCAACCACCAGAUAUAAUGGAGUCCAAUAGUUUAGCACAAACCAAAGAUGCAGAGUUAAUUGAUUUUUGUAAAUCAACUUUUAAUUAUUUUCCUCAAAAGAUAAAGGAAGAUUUUGGUACGAGUCAAAAGAUGGCGGUUUAUGUUUAUAUGAGAUCAUAUGAUCUAUUCGAAGAGUUUCAAAAGUUGUUGGCCAAGCAGAUGGGUGAUGUCGAUGUGAGAAAUGGACUACCAUCAGCACCGAUUCGUUCAUUCACACAAUCGAUGGAGCAUGCUUCAAUGUCAAAGGAAGGUAUCAUCUUGUACACAGUCGAUGCCUCCACAAUGGGAUCGAAUGUGGUCGAUGCAGCAUCGGACGACCAAGAUGAUUUCACAAGAUUGGUACUCGAGUAUCCAAACUAUCAUGUGAUUCAUACGCUUCUCACAUCGCCAGGCACCCAAGCAAGUGAAUACAUCAAUUCACCGAUGCUCGAUUGGAUUACCGAGAACAACAUCACAUCGUUGGUAUUCGAGUGUACCUCCUACACUACGGAUCUAUCAUCACAAGAGUCGUUUGUCAGACUUCAAUCAUUAAUAGGUGGUGAUCUAAACAAAAGGGGUUAA